GCACACGAAUUGGAUCAGUGGGUGCACGUUAUGAUGGUGAAUUAGAAUAUUCAGUCGAGUGGGGAGGUCAUGAAACUUCUCCGCCAGUGUCUGUAUCAUCGCAGGGCACUUUGACCCUCACAUCUUUGCUUGACCAUGAAGAUAUUCACCGACUAUCACUCAUUGUCACUGCCCUACCUACAGACAAGCCUGAGUUGGCAUCAAGUACCAAUGUGGUUAUUGAAGUUCAAGAUGUAAAUGAUGAAUCCCCAGCAUUUGAGAGUGAGAAGUACUAUGUAUCUGUAGCCGAGAACACACCUUCUGGGUCAAAUGUUGUCAAAGUUUUUGCACAUGACCGUGAUGCAGGGAGCAACUCUGAGAUCCGCUACAUCUUGGAAGAGCAAUCACCACUUGUAGAGGAACCUCUCUUCACACUUGAUCCAUACUCUGGGUGGCUAUCCCUUAAUCAAGAGCUGGAUGCAGAGACAAAGUCAAAAUAUGAUUUAAAGGUUCUUGCCAAGGACAAUGGCACUCCACAAAGAAGUUCAACAACAAGUAUUAUCAUUGAAGUAAUUGAUUACAAUGACAAUGCUCCUCAAUUUGUUAAGGAGAAAUAUCAUGCUUCAGUAAGGGAGAAUGCUCUCCCUGGAACAGUUGUAGUGCAGUUGGAAGUUCUUGACUACGACUUAGGGGGAGGGGCCUUGGAUGGAGAAAUGGGACAAGGCAUCAUAUAUUACCUCACUGCUGGAAAUGCCCUUCAACACUUCCAUGUCCGAGGAGGGGGCCAAAUAUAUGUUGCUAAAGCUCUUGAUUGGGAGUCAGUGGACAAUUAUGCUUUAGAAGUUACUGCAACAGAUGGAGUCUUUGUUGCAAAGUCUUGGGUCUUCAUUCAAGUUUUAGAUGUUAAUGGUAAGCUAAUAUUUUCAGUAUCAAUAUCAUGUGUUUCACUUCACUGAUUAUCUCAUUAUUAU